CCAAGUUUAGUUGAGCUCCAGUCCUGGAGGAAACUGCCAAAAUAUGAUCUGAUCCGGGCAUGGAGAUAGAAGGGAAGGAAUGAAAAGAUCACUUUGUGAUCAUUGAUCUUUCAACAAUGAUCUUGUCGAUCUUUGGUUUCUCAGUAGCAUAUCGUAAACGAGUUUUAAAAUGACGAGGAACGAAUAUUUCUCCAGCAAUCGUGGGAAAAUCCUCGAAUUCUCUGGAACUGUGUGCUCCGAGGUUCCACGUCAACCUCCUGGAUUGAAGACGACUGCUCCUCAGGGUAUUCUCAAGAACAAGAACCAAUUAAUCCAACAGCAAAGAAUUGCUGGACACAACUUACUUGAUAAGGAGAAUAUUUCCAACUACGAGGAUGAUAAUAUUCCUGUAACAGGAUGGAGGUUGGAAGCAAUGAUGACUGCAGAAUAUAUUCUGGAACUUGGAAACGUAUUCCAUUCAGGACAGGUAGAACCUGGAACCUGCCUACAGAAGCUGGUUGGUUCUGUUAGAACCGGAGUAAUUUUAAAGGAUGUUUCUUUGGAGGUUCAUGGCGGAGAGCUUACUGCCGUCCUAGGAUCAAAAGGUUCAGGGAAGAGAGCUCUCCUUGAAGUGAUAUCUCGACGAGCUCAGGGUCCGACACGAGGACAGAUUCUACUCAACGGAGCUCCGAUGUCUAUGAGACUUUUCCAGGAGAAUUGUGGUUAUGUGACCCAGAAGUGUGAUCUUUUACCAGGUUUAUCAGUUUAUCAGACACUUAGAUACGCUGCUAAUCUUACUAUUGGAAAAAAGGUAUCUGGGUAUGUGAAGGAGUCCCGGGUGAAGGUAGUACUAGCUGACCUUGCUUUGACCCAGGUCAGCAAUAGACCGGUCAGCUCUCUCACUACCCCGGAGUAUAGGAGGCUCUGUAUAGGGGUUCAGCUAGUCCGGGAUCCAAUCCUUCUCCUACUGGAUGAACCGACAUGGGACCUGGAUCCUUUAAACACAUACUUCAUCGUAUCCAUUCUCUCCCACCACGCCAAGAAGUACAACAGGAUCAUCAUGCUCACCAUGGAGAAGCCGAGAAGUGAUAUUUUCCCUUUUUUAGAUAGAAUCGUAUUUUUGUCUUACUGCGUAGAAUCAUAGUUAUUGUUUAGAUCUAUUGGGUUCCCAUGUCCUGAGCUUGAAAACCCUCUGAUGUACUAUCUUUGUUUAUCCACUGUUGAUCGACGAUCUCGUGAGAGAUUUAUUGAAUCCAACAAUCAGAUUUCAGCUCUAGUGGAGAAAUUUAAACUUGAGGGAGGUCCUUACAGGAAGUAUGCUGGUCCUGCAGUAGAUGUGGAGAACUAUGAAACCCAGCAGAAGGUUCCUCUUACAGCUUACGGAAAACCAGGAUACUUUUCCAUCCUACAUAAUCUUAUUUGGAGGUUUUGGGAUCUUCACAACCCACUGCGGAUCUCAGGAUUGAAGACGAUAUUUUUAAACUUCUUACUUCUUCCAUCCUUCUUCUUUCUUCUCUGGAUCUUCUACUUUCAUGCUCAUAAUAAUACCAAAGAAUACCAAAGAAGUUUUGUCACGAAGAACGGUCUUAUCUUCAACAGUUUGGCAGGAGUAUACUUCAUGUCGAUUAUAUCAACAGUAGAGACAUUUGGUAAGCUCCGGACUAGAUACUACCAGGAGUCAAGAGAAGGAUUAUACUCAGGACCGACCUUCCUUCUCUCAUACUUCAUAUCGUCUAUACCAGUCUCAGCCAUCACAUCAUUCCUAGCCUCUCUCAUCUUAUUCAGAGGAUUGAAGAGUGAGAUGAUCUGUACCGGAGAAGAAAGUUCAACCUGUUCCCGUCUCUCUACCUACACCUACACCCAGAUACAAGACCUAGAGAACUACACCACAGAGAACGCAUGGUAUCCCGACUUUCUUCUGUACUGGCUCGCCAUCUGGGCCUGCUCCCUCCUCUCCCAGCAGCAGACGGUCAGCGUCCUGCUCAUUGUGAAGAGCAGCUACAGUGCUGGACUGGUCAGCGUGUUUCUCAGCAUAGUUUACCUGACCCUGGGUAGCUGUACGGUUAGAUCACAUACUGGCCUUCCAGAGCUGAUAUAUCAUCUUACAUACAUCACACAGGCCAGAUACAGCGGAGCAAUCUUGAACCGCCUUGAGUUCUAUGAUAAGAAAAGCUUGGUUGGGUUGGGUUGGAGAAAUGAAACUACGGGACAGGAGUUCCCCUGUAUCAAGGACUCCUAUGGAGUUGUUUGCAGAUAUAUCAAUGGAACCCAUUACCUCGGAGAGAAGUAUUCCUACCCUGGGACAACCCUGGAGCAACUGCUUGAACCCUGGACCAACACAGCAAUCAACUUUGCGUUUCCAGCAGCUCUAGGAGUUAUCAAUCUAGUUCUAUACCUGGUUCCCCUCCCAGCAUUUAUCAAAGCUAAGUUUAGAGAAUAGAAAAUAGAAUUUUGCACUUAUUAAAUCUAUAUUUUUUGUGGUUUUGGAUAAAAAUAAACUUAACG